CUGAGGGGGAAAGUUGAGGUAAAUUUGAAUUCAGGCGAGCUGACAGUUUGCUGGGGCGUUUGAUUGCUGUCUCAUCUGGACCCAGGCGUCAGAAUGUCCUUUCCUAAGGCGCCCCUGAAGAGAUUCAAUGACCCUUCGGGUUGUGCUCCAUCUCCGGGUGCUUAUGAUGUUAAAACUUCAGAAGCAACUAAAGGACCAGUGUCUUUUCAGAAAUCACAAAGAUUUAAAAACCAAAGAGAGUCUCAACAAAAUCUUAACAUUGACAAAGAUACAACCUUGCUUGCUUCGGCUAAAAAAGCAAAGAAGUCUGUGUCAAAGAAGGACUCUCAGAAGAAUGAUAAAGAUGUGAAGAGAUUAGAAAAAGAGAUUCGCGCUCUUUUGCAAGAGCGAGGGACUCAGGACAAACGGAUCCAGGACAUGGAAUCUGAAUUGGAGAAGACAGAAGCAAAGCUCAAUGCAGCAGUCAGAGAGAAAACAUCUCUCUCUGCGAGUAAUGCUUCACUGGAAAAACGGCUUACUGAAUUAACCAGAGCCAACGAGCUACUAAAGGCUAAGUUUUCUGAAGAUGGUCACCAAAAGAAUAUGAGAGCUCUAAGCCUGGAAUUGAUGAAACUCAGAAAUAAGAGAGAGACAAAGAUGAGGUUCUCUGUGUUGUGCAGAGUAUGAUGGUCAAACAGGAAGGCAUGGAGCUGAAGCUGCAGGCCACUCAGAAGGACCUCACGGAGUCUAAGGGAAAAAUAGUCCAGCUGGAGGGAAAGCUUGUUUCAAUAGAGAAAGAAAAGAUCGAUGAAAAAUGUGAAACAGAAAAACUCUUAGAAUACAUCCAAGAAAUUAGCUGUGCAUCUGAUCAAGUGGAAAAAUGCAAAGUAGAUAUUGCCCAGUUAGAAGAAGAUUUGAAAGAGAAGGAUCGUGAGAUUUUAAGUCUUAAGCAGUCUCUUGAGGAAAACAUUACAUUUUCUAAGCAAAUAGAAGACCUGACUGUUAAAUGCCAGCUACUUGAAACAGAAAGAGACAACCUUGUCAGCAAGGAUAGAGAAAGGGCUGAAACUCUCAGUGCUGAGAUGCAGAUCCUGACAGAGAGGCUGGCUCUGGAAAGGCAAGAAUAUGAAAAGCUGCAACAAAAAGAAUUGCAAAGCCAGUCACUUCUGCAGCAAGAGAAGGAACUGUCUGCUCGUCUGCAGCAGCAGCUCUGCUCUUUCCAAGAGGAAAUGACUUCUGAGAAGAACGUCUUUAAAGAAGAGCUAAAGCUCGCCCUGGCUGAGUUGGAUGCGGUCCAGCAGAAGGAGGAGCAGAGUGAAAGGCUGGUUAAACAGCUGGAAGAGGAAACGAAGUCAACUGCAGAACAACUGACGCGGCUGGACAACCUGCUGAGAGAGAAAGAAGUUGAACUGGAGAAACAUAUUGCUGCUCACGCCCAAGCCAUCUUGAUUGCACAAGAGAAGUAUAAUGACACAGCACAGAGUCUGAGGGACGUCACUGCUCAGUUGGAAAGUGUGCAAGAGAAGUAUAAUGACACAGCACAGAGUCUGAGGGACGUCACUGCUCAGUUGGAAAGUGAGCAAGAGAAGUACAAUGACACAGCACAGAGUCUGAGGGACGUCACUGCUCAGUUGGAAAGUGAGCAAGAGAAGUACAAUGACACAGCACAGAGUCUGAGGGACGUCACUGCUCAGUUGGAAAGUGUGCAAGAGAAGUACAAUGACACAGCACAGAGUCUGAGGGACGUCACUGCUCAGUUGGAAAGCUAUAAGUCAUCAACACUUAAAGAAAUAGAAGAUCUUAAACUGGAGAAUUUGACUCUACAAGAAAAAGUAGCUAUGGCUGAAAAAAGUGUAGAAGAUGUUCAACAGCAGAUAUUGACAGCUGAGAGCACAAAUCAAGAAUAUGCAAGGAUGGUUCAAGAUUUGCAGAACAGAUCAACCUUAAAAGAAGAAGAAAUUAAAGAAAUCACAUCUUCAUUUCUUGAGAAAAUAACUGAUUUGAAAAAUCAACUCAGACAACAAGAUGAAGACUUUAGGAAGCAGCUGGAAGAGAAAGGAAAAAGAACAGCAGAGAAAGAAAAUGUAAUGACAGAAUUAACCAUGGAAAUUAAUAAAUGGCGUCUCCUAUAUGAAGAACUAUAUGAAAAAACUAAACCUUUUCAGCAACAACUGGAUGCCUUUGAAGCCGAGAAACAGGCAUUGUUGAAUGAACAUGGUGCAACUCAGGAGCAGCUAAAUAAAAUCAGAGACUCCUAUGCACAGCUACUUGGUCACCAGAACCUAAAGCAAAAAAUCAAACAUGUUGUGAAAUUGAAAGAUGAAAAUAGCCAACUCAAAUCGGAGGUGUCAAAACUCCGAUCUCAGCUUGUUAAAAGGAAACAAAAUGAGCUCAGACUUCAGGGAGAAUUAGAUAAAGCUCUGGGCAUCAGACACUUUGACCCUUCCAAGGCUUUUUGUCAUGCAUCUAAGGAGAAUUUUACUCCAUUAAAAGAAGGCAACCCAAACUGCUGCUGAGUUCAGAUGCAACUUCAAGAAUCAUGGAAGUAUACGUCUGAAAUACUUGUUGAAGAUUAUUUUCUUCAUUGUUCUUGAUAUUAUGUUUAUAGUAUAUAUUAUAUAAUGUAUUUAAUUUCUACUGCCUAGUCUUAGGUAUAUGAAACGGUAAUUCAGCAUUUGUUCUCUGUCUUAGUCAGGGUUUCUGUUCCUGCAUAAACAUCAGACCAAGAAACAAGCUGGGGAGGAAAGGGUUUAUUCAGCUUACACUUCCAUACUGCUGUUCAUCACCAAAGGAAGUCAGGACUGGAACUCAAGCAGGUCAGGAAGUAGGAGCUGAUGCAGAGGCCAUGGAGGGACAUUCCUUACUGGCUUGCUUCCCCUGGCUUGCUCAGCUUGCUUUCUUACAGAACCCAAGUCUACCAGCCUAGAGACAGCACCAACCACAAGGGGCCCUCCCACCCUUGAUCAAUAAUUGAGAAAAAUGCCUUACAGUUGGAUCUCAUGAAGGCAUUUUCUCACCUGAAGCUCCUUUCUCUGUGAUAACUCCAGGUGGUGUCAAGUUGACACACAAACACAUUACUAUUAAGCCUCAACCCUUACUUUCUUAUUAAUCCCCAUGAUCAAAAUAACUUUAAAAGUCCCACAGUCUUUGAAAAUUCUUAAAAUUUCAAUCCCUUUAAAAUAUCCAAUCUCUUUUAAAAUUCAAAGUCUUUUUACAAUUAAAAAGUCUCUUAACUGUGGUCUCCACUAAAAUACUUUCUUCCUUCAAGAGGGAAAAAUAUCAGGGCACAGUCACAAACAAUUAAAAGCAAAAUCAAACUACAACCUCAAACGUCUGGGACCCUCCAAGGGCUUGGGUCACUUCUCUAGCUCUGCCCUUUGUAGCACACAACUUGUCUUCUAGGCUCCAGAUGCCUGUACUCCACUGCUGCUGCUGUUCUUGGUAGUCAUUUAUGGUACUGGCAUCUCCAAAACACUGUUGUCUUUGCUGUAACUAGGCUUCACCAAUAGCCUCUCAUAGGCUCUCUUCAUGGUGCCAAGCCUCAAAUCCUUUGCAUGACCCCUUCAGUCCUGGGCCAUCAACUGCUACUGAGGCUGCACCUUUACCAGUGGCCUUCCAUGGCCUCUCACAUGCCAAGCCUCAGCUGCUCUUUAUGUCUUCAAAACCAGUAUGACUCUUAAACAUAACCAAGUCCAGCUGCAGCUAAGGUAGAACCUUGUCUAUCUCUGGAACACAGCCUCUUUGUGCUCUCAGAAAACACUUCCCUCCUAUGACUAGGCAGGCCUUUUACUCAGAUCUCCUUGCUUAUGUCUCCCAAUUACUAGGAUUUAAGGCAAGCAUCACAUGGCCAGGCUCUCAAGCAAAUCUGAAAAACUUUACAUGUAUGAUUUUUAGAGAAUUUAUCAUCUGCAUAUCCUCUGAAUGUGUGUGUAAUAUAAAAUAAAGUAAUAUAAAAACUCA